UUGUUUGUGUCACACUGACGUCAAAAGAGUUUAUUGUUUAUUUAUUUAAAUAUAAUUUUGUGAUGGUUUCUGUUGUUUUUUAAAUUAAAUUUAAUUUAAAAUGAGCGAUAAUAUACAAUGGAUAACGUUGAAUAACAGAUUACAACAAGGCAUAAAAUUCAUAAACGACCUAAACAACAAAAAAUACCAACUCCUUCUAACUCACAUAAUAACUUCCGAAACCAACGAGUACUUUACCGAUAUCGAACUCAGAAAACUCGAAGAAACUUUAAAAUUAACCCCGAACGACUUGCAACUUCUUUUACAAAGCCUCGGCUACAUUUACAAGCAGAGCAGUAAAGUGAUAUUGAAACCCACCGAGUUGCAAAAGCAACUGGAAACUCAUUUGGGUUUAGAACAAGAAAAAGCAGAAAUAUUUGUAAAAGAAUGGACUCUGGAGGCUAAAAAGGAUUUGGGAAACUUUGAGGAUAGAACUAGGUUGGACAAAGUAUCUUGGGAGUUGGACUUGCAAGUUGGAUCGGAUAUUGGUUGUCAGUUGGUGAUUCCUAGUGCAAAAAUACAAUUGGAUUUAGCUAAAGUAAAUGGGACAAAUUUAAAGGAAAAUGCUAUUUUGGAAAUGGGCGAGGAUGAAUUGCAACAGCUCUAUAACACUUUGGAAGUAAUUCAGCUUCGUUUGGAUAAUAUAAGCAAAAAUUAGUUUAAAUUGAUUUUUAUUUAGCUGCAAUAGCCUUAUUGGUUGGCCUAUCAAUAAGUUUUAAAGGAGUAAUAUUGUCAGUUUCUGCCGUUAUUUGAGCUGCCAAUAAGAACUUCAUGGAGUUGGACCAAUAGUAAUCCUUAAUUGGUCAGAUGAAAAAUUUUUAAAAAAUUGUUUUUAUUUGAGGGGUUGAACUUACCAAUAUCACCUGGCAAUCCAUCCAAACUGUCUGAUAUAAUAUCCAAAAAUUCAUCAGUGAUUUCUAUUAGGAACCUUGUAAAUCUCAAGUCAGUUAUAUACCUGAAAGUUUUUUAUAGAAUAAAUAAUAGUGGAGCCACUUUACAAGCGGGCUAAAUGUUGUCAAAAUAUACACAGAACAACCCUGUACAUCAUUAAAUUUCAAUAAAAAUGAGUUGAUUACCUGAUAAAAAAUCUAGUCAAUUGUCUAAUCAUUUUAGGAUCUUUUUCCUUUAAAGCCUUGGCCAAAGCUUUCCUCUUUUGCAACUCCCUCAAAACCGCCACUGUCCUUUCUGGAUGUUUAUUGACUAUGUAAGCCAUCAAAGCAGCACUCAGCGCCUUGGAAUACUCAAAUUUCCUCAAAAAAUGAUCAAAUUUUGCUUCUUUUUCAUACCUGAAACAUACUUUAAGCCCAUUGCAGCUAAAAAAAGAUUAAAUUUACGUUAAUUGUGGAAUUAUUUCAUCAACUCCUGUUGGAAUUUCUUGGCGGGCUUGUUUUUUGGGGGCACUUUUAUUUUGAAGCUCUUCGGUGCGUCUUUGUACUGCUAUUACUCCAUCUACUAGUCCAGCAGCUACUGUUGAAUCGUCUGGGGCGACACCUUUAAAAACAAUCCAUCAUUAGUAGAAUAAAAAUAUAAUAAUCAAUUUGUAUAUCCGAAGUUUUUCAUCUCAAAAACUAUUAUAAAGAAAAUAUAGUUAAAACUGGUAAUUAAUAACUCUUUUCAGUUGUAUAACAAUUAUUCUUUUGUGAGAUUUUAUACACAGUUCUUACCCAAACUCAAAAUUGCAUUUGGAAAAUCCAAUGUAUGAACAACCUGUAAAAAAAACAAUUAACAACUAUUCAAACCCUAAUAAAUUGUCCAUACCUUGAAAGUACCAACAUCAAAUAUCUUAACGUGCCUGUCCAAGCUGCUGGAAAGCAACCGUUUACCUCCAGAAGCGAGUUUAAGACAAGUGACCGUUUUGUGGUGCUGCGCCAGGGCCCCCCUCAAUUUACCGCCGGCCAGAGCAUCCCAAAUCUACAAAUAAAUUGUUUAAACUUUUGAAUUGUUUGAAACAUUUUUUUUUACUUUGAUAUCGGUGCCUCCGGCACUCAAAAACAUUCCUCCGCCAGGCAUAAACAGCAACGACUCUACAGGGCUUUUGUGGUCCAUCGUCAUCACCUCUUUAUCGGUUCUGGUGUCCCACAUUUUUACUAUACUGUCGUAGCCUCCAGAUAAAAUUAUAUUUGGCAUAUCUGGACUUACUAUACCGGCUCUGGAAAUUUAAAGCAACACAAAUCUCAGUAAAAUUAGCCAGUUUAGUAAUAAUUAAAUAGUCUGACAAAGAAAUUAUGUAGUUGUAUAUUUCAUGUAAUGUCUUAACUUUGGAUCACUCAAAACUCACCUUAUAUAAUCACUAUGUCCCUCGAAAGUGUGCAAAGUAUUUUCAGUGGCAAUGUCCCAAACUCGUACACUUUUAUCAUCGGAAAAAGACACUAUUUGUGGUUCUUUGUGUACAAAAGCCACUCGGUGUACUGGAGCUGAAUGUCCUUUGAAUAACCUGGAAUAAUUUUUCAUAGUAAAAUAUAAUGUGGAAAAAACUAGUUCAGUCUAAGUGGGCUCAGUGAAUCAAUUUAUUUUGCCAACCGCCAGUUCUCAGAAUUUAAGAUUUCUCUACGCUUUAGAUAGGACUAAGAUUUCUUUUGGUUCAUCUCAGUCAAUUAGUUUAUUUAAACCAAAUACUAGCUGUAACAGAAACAAUAUGAACCUAAAUUGUUCUUUUUCAGGAUGAAAGAUGACAUAAAUGAAGGGUCCUUCCUCCUUAAACAGCUUAAACAAUGUUUAACUAAUGCUCUAAAACUGAAGGACCUUUUUUUAUCCCUUAUUAUUAAUAAUAAUAGUAAUAAUGUCUGGCCGGUAAAACAUUGUUGCCAGCAAUGUGGCUGCCGCUACCGGAUGCAGACGGUACUGCCAGCGUGCCAGCUGCCCGCUGACCCUACCCAUCUUCCUUGCAUCUCAUUUUCUAGAAACUUCAGCCAAAUUUAUUUCCGAAACCAAGACCUUCGUGAGAUCUGAUGUAAUUGGAGACAGGAUGUCUGUUUAUGGCACUACUUGUAUAGCCAACAAAAACAUCAUAAACAGCUAAAGAGCGAUAUCACUGGGGUAUAUUCGAAAAAACUGGUCUGAACUUCUGAACCAUACCUUGCUUGAAAAUGAGAGCCUGAGAGAUAUUAUAGAGAAUUACUAUGCCCUUAGACUAUGCCCAUAUGAAGAAAACCAGCACAUACGAAACAAGUCUUGAAAUGUUAGCUCUCUCUGAAACACAGGAGUUCAGAUACUUAAUAAAUGUUUAUAAUUAUAGUUUUAA